GACGAGAACCUUUGGUCAAACCUCAUCGGACUGUUUUGGGGGUGGAUGUAUCGGGCGGGUUUGGACCAGGUAAUGGUGCAACGCUACCUAGCCUCAAGAACACUCCGCGAUGCAAAAAGAACGGCAUGGUGGGGGACCCUACUUAUUAUUGCCUACUUCAUUAUUACUGCCGGCUUAGGCCUCAUCAUGGCUUACUGGUAUCGGGACUGCGACCCUUUGCUAGCGGGCGUAGUCACUACUACAGAUCAGAUAAUACCCUACUACGUAAAUACUCAUUUGGCCGCUUUCGUGGGAUUUUCUGGCAUCUUUUUGGCUGGUGUUGUGGGAGCCACUACAAGCACAAUAUCAUCCAUCAUAAAUUCACUUGCGGCCGUAACAUAUGUGGAGUUUGUCGCACUUUUCGCAAAACCAUCACCGAAAGGUUCACUUCUUCUGACCAAACUUUUAGCUUUCGCCUCUGGAAUAAUCAUGAGCCUUUAUGCGAUUGUUAUACCGUACUUGGGGUCGACUGGCCGGGUGUUGAUGGUGCUCCAGAAUUGCAUAACCGCACCGUUCGUAAGCCUUUCAAUGCUAGGUCUGGUGUUUCCCUGUGUUGACACCAAGGCGGCUGUAAUAGCUGCUACCAUCGGAUGCAUUUGGCAAGGGGGAUACACCGUACUCAACAUGAUGUAUGGUGCCAGCCCUCCAAGAAUGGCGGCUUCGUUGGAUGGUUGUGAUGCAGAGGAGUUUGCCGUCUCGCUGACGCGCAGCAACGCAUCUACGCCAUACGGCCAAGCACGGAACGAAGCGCCUGUGGCAAUGAUUUCUACUUACUGGAACAACCUCUUGUGCACGACUGUGACAAUCUUUAUAGGACUGCUUCUUAGCAUAAUUACGGAUGGCCACAAGCACUACAAGAAAAACUUGCACCUCACAAGCGCCUGGUUCUUGGAAAAAUGGGCGAUUCACGGAUUCAUUCCGCGAAGCGAAAUUACUGAGCUCAGUGAAGUGAAGGAGGAAGCGCUACUUCAACAUGGCGGGGAAAGAGGCUGUGAAAUCAAGGAAGGCAAUGUGUGAGCUUCUGGGAAUGAUGAUUGAAUAUAGACAACAUUUUCAGUGACUUUUUUGCAAAUACAUAUCCUUCCAACGUAAAACACAAUGUAGUCAUAUGUGACAGACAUUAUUAAAGGAUGUACACUAC